AUGAAGAGGGCAACAGCAGCCUGGCGGAGCGGCACUCGCCUGCACCUGCGUGGCGGGAGGGUGGCUGCAUACGGAAGCACGACCAAUCGCGCCUAUGCCACAGACACCAGCAAGGUGAAGGUGUAUGUGACAUCGACGACGGACCCGCUGUUCAACAUCGCCACUGAGGAGUGGAUCUUCCGGGAGGGCGACCCCACCAAGCAGACCCUCUACCUCUGGCGCAACGCGCCCACCGUGGUGAUCGGCCGACACCAGAAUCCGUUCAAGGAGUGUCACCUGUCCGUGAUGGAGCGCGAGAACGUCGUGCUCGCGCGCCGGUACUCGGGCGGCGGCGCCGUGUACCAAGACCUGGGCAACACCAACUUCACCUUCCUCUCCAACGUCGGUGCGUUCGACAAAGUGAGAAACUCGGGCAUUCUGAUCAACGCCCUCAAGAAGCGAUUCAACAUCACGGCCUCGGCGUCGGGCCGCAACGACAUUCUCGUCGACGGCAAGAAGAUCUCCGGUUCGGCCUACAAGAUCUCGAACGGCAGGGCGCUGCACCACGGGACGAUGUUGAUCAACGUCGACUUCGCGUCGUUGGGCAAGAUUCUCAAUCCCGACAAGGCCAAGCUCAAGAGCAAGGGCGUCGACAGUGUGCAGGCCCGGGUGCAGAACCUGAAGGACCUCAACCCGGAGGUCGACCACGAGUCCAUGUGCGACGCGCUCGUGGAGGAGUUCUACAAGACGUACGAGGACCGAUGCGAGAUCGAAUACCUCAAGCACGAGAUGCUGGCGUCCAUUCCAUCACUAGCCAACACCUAUGCCACCCUCCAAGACUGGAAGUGGCGCUUCGGGGAGACGCCCGCGUUUGAGCACAGCCUCGAGAAGCGAUUCACCUGGGGCAACAUUGACCUCCUGAUCAACGCCAAGAACGGGCGGAUAACGGAGGUGAAGAUAUUCAGCGACUCGCUCUACCCGCAGAUGAUCGACGACCUCACCCUCGCCCUCCACGGGCGCACAUACGACAAGCAGGGCGUGACCGAGGCCAUCGAGGCAACCCAAUCCAAGAUGAAGGAGGUGGACAACGUCGAGGCCAACCUCGAGGAACUCAAGGAGUGGCUCGUCCACGCCAUGUAG